AAUUUGUUUGGUUUGGUUGUUUCGGUGUUAAACAAUAAUAAAUAAUAAUUGAAGAAUUCAAAAUAAAUAUAAAACAAUGUUUUACAUUUUAAAUCUGUGACAUUGGUCUAGCGGUGAAGCCCCUUCGGCCGAUUCUUAGCUAUAAUAAAUUUUUGCGGCAUUUUUGACAUUACCCUAGCAGAUGGAUAGACAUUCCGUCCAACAAUUGUCGGUGACAUUACGAUAUUAGUUCAUCUCGUACGCUCCGAAUAAUUCGUGAUUAUGAAGACUGCUCUGAUGGUGGCGGAAAAACCUUCUCUGGCUGCUUCACUAGCCAACAUAUUGAGUAAUGGACGCAGUAAUUCGAGAAAAAGUAUGAAUUCUGCAUGUCCUGUGCAUGAAUGGUCCGGAACACUUUUUGGGGAACCAGUGAUCUUUAAAAUGACAUCUGUUUGUGGACAUGUUAUGACUUUAGAUUUCAAUAGUAAAUUCAAUAAUUGGGAUAAAGUUGAUCCAGAAGAACUUUUCUCUUGCCCAACGGAAAAAAAAGAAGCAUCUCCUAAGUUGCGUAUUCCAGCAAUGUUAGCAUGUGAAGCACGUGGAGUAGACUUUUUAAUAUUGUGGUUAGAUUGUGAUAAAGAAGGUGAAAAUAUUUGCUUUGAAGUUAUUGAUGCUGUUAAAAGUUCUAUGAAGCGUUCUGGUGAAGUUAAUAGGAUUUGGAGAGCAAAAUUUUCAGCGAUUACCGCCAAAGAUAUUAAAGGGGCUAUGGAACGAUUAGAUUUUCCAAAUCGUAAUGAAGCAAUGAGUGUUGAUGCCAGACAAGAACUCGAUCUUCGUAUUGGCUGUUCAUUCACUCGUUUUCAAACUAAAUAUUUUCAAGGAAAAUAUGGUGAUUUGGAUUCCUCAUUAAUAUCGUAUGGCCCAUGUCAAACACCAACAUUAGGUUUUUGUGUUCAACGACAUGAUGAAAUUCGAAGAUUCAAACCUGAACCUUAUUGGGUCAUACAAGUUACAAUUCAAUCAAAGGAUGGGCAAGAUGUAGUUCUUAAUUGGGAAAAGGGUCGAUGUUUUGAACGUGAUGCUUCAAACAGCUUGCUUCAAGCAUUGAAAAAACAGCAAAUUGCAACUGUUGUCUCUAUAACUCAACAAGAAAAAUCAAAACAACGUCCUUUAGCUUUGAAUUCAGUGGAGCUUAUGCGAGCCGCAAGUACUGGACUGGGAAUGGGUCCCCAUCAUGCAAUGCAAUUAGCUGAACGUCUUUAUACCCAAGGUUACAUUAGCUAUCCCAGAACAGAAACCUCUCAUUAUUCAGAUAAUUUUGAAUUGCUAGGUGCUUUGAGAACACUCCAAAAAAGCAACGAAUGGGGUCAAGAAAUACGUCAAGUACUUAAUAAUGGUUUAACUAGGCCUAGAAAUGGUAAAGACUGUGGUGAUCAUCCUCCUAUUACACCUACCAUGUUAGCAUCUCGUAAUGAAUUAGAUGGAGACUCUUGGAAACUAUAUGAUUUCAUUGUUCGACAUUUUGUUGCUACAAUAUCAAAAGAUUGUAAAUAUUACUCUAAAACUGUCACUUUUAAAAUUGGAUCAGAAAUGUUCACUUAUAACUGGCGAACCUUGAUUGAUGCCGGAUUUACUGCCAUUACACCAUGGAAAGCAUUACCUAAAAAUGAAUUGGCAGUUAAUUUUGAACGUGAUGAAAAGCUUAAUAUAAAAGAUGCUAGACUUACAGAUCAUAUGACCAGUCCUCCGGGAUAUCUUACAGAGUCUGAACUCAUAUCAAUGAUGGAAAAACAUGGGAUUGGAACUGAUGCAUCUAUUCCUGUUCAUAUUAACAACAUAUCACAACGUAAUUAUGUAACUGUUGCGGCUGGACGAAGACUUGUACCUACAAAUUUGGGUAUAGUUUUGGUGCAUGGAUAUCAAAAGAUUGAUAAACAAUUAGUUGAACCAACUAUGCGUUCUACCAUUGAAGACCAGUUGAAUCUUAUAGCUAAAGGAGAAGCAAAUUAUGAUCGUGUUCUUAGGCAGACUAUUGAGGCUUUUCGACAAAAGUAUUUAUACUUUGUUAAGUCUAUUGAAGCUAUGGAUUCUUUGUUUGAAGUUUCAUUCACUACUUUAGCUGCUACAGGAAAGGCACUUUCAAGAUGUGGAAAAUGUCGACGUUACAUGAAACUAAUCAUAGCAAAACCAUCUCGAUUGCAUUGUUCACAUUGUGAUGAAACAUAUAAUUUGCCCCAAAAUGGAAAUAUAAGAAUUUAUAAAGAACUUAAAUGUCCAUUAGAUGACUUUGAGUUAGUUACUUGGUCAACUGGAAAUAAAGGCCGUAGCUACCCAUUAUGUCCAUAUUGUUAUAAUCAGCCAGCAUUCAGAGAUAUGAAAAAACAUAGUGGCUGUAAUCUGUGUCUUCACCCAACUUGUCCACAAGGAUUUUAUGUCAAUGGUAUUGCUAGUUGUUUACAAUGUGAUAACGGAGUUUUAGUAUUAGACCCAUCAUCUGGGCCUAAGUGGAAGGUUGGCUGUAAUAAGUGUGAUGUUAUAUUCCACUUGUUUGAGGAUGCACAUAAAAUCACUGUAGAAGAGAGUAAGGAAUGCGAUUGUGGAGCUCAGCUUCUGAAAAUUGAGUAUAAAGAGGAACGCACUCGAUUGCCUCGUGAUCUUAUUGAAAUGACUGGUUGCUUAUUUUGCUGUGAAGAGUUUGGAUAUUUAGUUGAGAAAUUUAGAGCUCAAGCAUCUAAGCCAGUGUUUAAUAGUCGCCAGGGUCGAGGGAAAGCUAAACAUAAGGGUAAAGGUAAACCAAAACCGCCUAAAGAUAAAAUGGCACAGUUGGCAUCUUAUUUUGUAUAAGACGUAAAACAGGUAACUUGGCCCAAUUAAUCAAUUAUAAAAUAAUUAAAUUUACUUAAGUUGUGUAUUUGGUGUUACUGUACCUACUUUUUAAUGUUUCUUGAAAUUUGUAACUUAAGUCUUUAUGCUGAAUCUCAAAUAACCCAUAUAUUUCUAAAUAUCGCCAUUAAAUGUGCAAUAUUGAUUAUAUUUUAGUAAUAAAAUAAUUUAUUUGUGCAAAAUAAUAAGUUAUACAUGAAUGAUAAUUUAUAACUCUCAUACAAUCAUAUAAAAAUUAUUUAAAUUUAGUAAAUUCUUAAUUUUAUUUAAGCAAAACAAUAGCAUUUUAUUUAAUUUUCAUAGUAUUAAAAUUUACUUAAUAUAUAUAUAUAUUUUAAAUUAAAUAUUUAAAAAAAUAACUACCUAGUAUUUCCACAGUAUUUAUAUUUUAAAUAAACAGUCAUUAAUUUUAUUGAACAUAUUAUAUAUAAUAUUACACAAUUAAACAAUAACAACCAAUUUUAAUUGAACAUUUUUUUUUCAAGUUCUUAUGUUUAAAUUUAAUCCAAUGUUUUUAUUUUAACUUUCUUGCCAAUGUACAAUUUUAUUUAGUUACCUUUAUAAUUUAAGAUUUUUUUUUUAAAUUUUACUUUAAGAAAGUUUUGUGGUGUUAGAAACGAUACAAAAUAAUAACAAUCAAAUAGUAAUAUUAUUAACUUAAUAAAUGCAUAAUGUUUUUAAAUUAAUUUGAAUACUUUAUUUUUGAACUGAAGUAUAGUUUAAUACAAUUUUAAUCUUACAACAAAUGAAGUAAUUUUUAUUAUAACUAUAUUAUUUAAAACAACACAAAAUUAACUGUUGAACUGAAAUAUAUUUAAUGUAUAAGCACAUGGUAUACGACCACCUUUUUUUUUUCAUUAAACAUCUUUUAAAGUGUAGGUAAAUUUUCUCAUAUAAACUAGUUUUAGGUAUGAUAAUUUAUUUAAUUUACUGAACUUUUAUGUGUGAACAAAUAUUACAUUUUCUAAACUGGUACGAUUAUUUUAUUUGUUUCACAUUUUUGAUUGUAUGAUCUGACAGAAAUUAUCUUGAUAUUAAUCCAAUUAAACUUUAUUAUUUUAUAAUAAUAUUUAUUGUUAAUAAAACAAGUUAGAAAUUAUAAUAUUAUGCUAUGCCAAAUAAGUAUUAAUCUUUGAUUAAUUCUAGAUUAAAAACAUUUGUGCUACUUAUUUUGAAAUAAUUUUAUUCAACUAAAUUGUAAAUUGAACUGUGUAUAAGUUUAAUUAUUAUUUAUAACAUCUUGAAACUGUGUUAGCAUUAUGGCAAAUUAUUAUAAAUUAUAAUUAAUAUAAAUAAAAAGUGCUUUUUUU